AUGGCUUAUUUGUCGGCAACAGUCGAUUCCGAUGAUAUGCAGUACUUCCCUCUCACAGUAGAUGCACCCCAUUCACCCCCAUUGUUUUCGUCGACCCUUUCUCAUUGUCGUCUUUUACUUUUCUCGGCUUGCCAUAUAGUCUCUUUCUUUCUUUCUGUUCUUUUCUUUUAUCUUCAUUUCUUUCCUUCUUUUUUUCCUUCUCCUUUCCAUUUUCUUUCUCUUCUAGUUCUUCUUUUACUCCCCCUGACUCCCUUCUCUGUUUUCAUUUCUCACCAUUCUCUUCUCCACCCCCACCUCAUCUUCUAUUUCUUUUUUCCUUCUCUUCCUCUUCACUCCUCCUCCUUUCUUUUCGCCACUAUCAACUUUUCUCAACUGCUUCUUCGUUCUUUGUCAUUAUUUUCUUUUUCAUUUUCUUUUUCUCUUCAUUUUUCUUCUCAGCUUUUUCCCUUCUCUUUCGCCAUUAUUUUCUUAACUUUUCGUUAUCCUCUUCCUUAUUACUUUCUCCCCAUACUUUCUAUUUUAACUGGUUUUUCACUUCUUCUUCUUCUUCUUCUUCUUCUUCUUCUUCUUCUUCUUCUUCUUCUUCUUCUUCUUCUUCUUCUUCUAAUCUGCUCCUCAUUCAACGUUCUCCUUACUAUUAUAUUUCACAAUUCUUUUCUUUCUUCUUUUCCUUCUCCUUUCUCUUUUACCCUUUCUUUAUUUUAUCCUUUUUUAUUCUUUCCCCUCCUUUUUUCCUUUCUCCUUACCUUUUUCUUUUCCUCUUCAAUUAUUUUUCUUUUCAUUUCACUCUUCUCCUUCGCCAUUAUCUUAUUUCUUAUUCUUUUCUCCUCCUUUCCAUAUUUUCUUCCUUUCCUUUUUCUUCACCCAGUCUCAUCUCUCCCACUUUUGACUUUCUCUUCGUUGUUCUCUUCCUUCCUCGCCUCCUACUUUUUUCAUUAUCUUCUUUAUUCCUUCCCCCUCCUCCUCUUUUCCAUUCUUUUCAUAACUUUUCUCUUUCUCAUUGCACUUUUCCUUUCCUAUUCUCUUUUUCUUUCUUGCUCUUCUUCUCUUCCAAUUACUUCUUCCCCUCCUUUAACCUUUUCACGCUUUUCUCCUCCACCUUUUCAUUCUCCUCCUCCUUUAUAUUUCCUCCUUCUUCUUCCUAAUACUUACUUCUGGUACUUUCUUGUUAUGGCGUUUAUUCCUUUCUCGUCUGUUUUCUUCAUUUAUCUGCUUUUGAAAACUACAUUCUCUUUUCUCUUCGUUUUAUCUCUCUUCUUGAUCCGCAGUCUUGAGUAUCGUCCCCAAACAAAUCAGCUCAAUCUCUUUCUUUCACUCCCACCUCUCUCUCUCUCUCUUACCCGGCUAGAAUCAGUUAUGGAAUCUCCCAGGAGACCUCGUCCGGAAACUUUUCAAUAUCGCGCCUCCUUUCUUUCUUUCUUUCUUUCUUUCUUUCUUUCUUUCUUUUCAUUAUCUAUCUAUCUAUCUAUCUAUCUAUCUAUCUAUCUAUCUAUUCAUAUCUAUCUAUCUAUCUAUCUAUCUAUCUAUCUAUCUAUCUAUCUAUGUCUAUGUCACGCAUUCAUCUAUUCAUAUCUAUCUAUCUAUCUAUCUAUCUAUCAUGUCACACUAUUCAUAUCAUCUAUCUAUCUCUAUCUAUCUAUCUAUCUAUCUAUCUAUCUAUCUAUGUCACACUAUUCAUAUCUAUCUAUCUAUCUAUCUAUCUAUCUAUCUAUCUAUCUAUCUAUCUAUCUAUGUCACACUAUUCAUAUCUAUCUAUCUAUCUAUCUAUCUAUCUAUCUAUCUAUCUAUCUAUCAUCAUCUAUUCACAUCUAUCUAUCUAUCUAUCUAUCUAUCUAUCUUCAUCUAUCUAUCUAUCUAUCUAUCUUCUAUCUAUUCAUAUCUAUCUAUCUAUCUAUCUAUCUAUCUAUCUAUCUAUCUCAUCUAUUCAUAUCUAUCUAUCUAUCUAUCUAUGUCACACUAUUCAUAUCUAUCUAUCUAUCUAUCUAUCUAUCUAUCUAUCUAUCUAUCUAUGUCACGCUAUUCAUAUCUAUCUAUCUAUCUAUCUAUCUAUCUAUCUAUCUAUCUAUGUCACACUAUUCAUAUCUAUCUAUCUAUCUAUCUAUCUAUCUAUCUAUCUAUCUAUCUAUGUCACACUAUUCAUCUAUCUAUCUAUCUAUCUAUCUAUCUAUCUAUCUAUGUCAUCUAUUCGUAUCAUCUAUCUAUCUAUCUAUCUAUCUAUCUAUGUCACACUAUUCAUAUCUAUCUAUCUAUCUAACUAUCUAUCUAUCUAUCUAUCUAUCUAUCUAUCUAUCUAUCUAUCUAUCUAUGUCACACUAUUCAUAUCUAUCUAUCUAUCUAUCUAUCUAUCUAUCUAUGUCACACUAUUCAUAUCUAUCUAUCUAUCUCGGAUUGUUUGUGUUUAUGUUAAGCUUAUUCUCUGAUGCUCCUUUUAUUUAUCUAUUUAACUGUCCUCUUCACAGCAGAAUUCUUAACAUGUUACUAGUAUUGCAAUGCGUAUCUUGCUCGGAGAUGAUUGCCCCUGAAUCUGGCCAUCUAUCGAUCUAUCUAUCUAUCUAUCUAUCUAUCUAUCUAUCUAUCUAUCUAUCUAGUUUUGUUCGUGCCUGCGAUAGCAUUACUAUCUAUCUAUCUAUAAUUGUUUUUUUGUAUGUAUCGAUUUUUCGAUAUCCGUUUAUUCACAUGAAAGAUAAAAAACAUGUACUAAUAAAACCAUUACCUAUAAACAUACGAAUAGUUAUCUAUCUAUCUAUCUAUCUAUCUAUCUAUCUAUCUAUCUAUCUAUCUAUCUCCAUUUCAUUUCAUAUCUAUCUAUCUAUCUAUCUAUCUAUCUAUCUAUCUAUCUAUCAUUUCGAUAUGUGUGUUCGUUGUCUUCAGUCGUCAUGA